UAAUCGAACUUAGCAAAAGAUGCAGAGAACAGACAGCUGAGAUUGAAGUUCUCAAAUCUAAAUGCAAAACUUUGGAAAUUAAUUUAACUAACAAAGAAGUCGAAUUAGAAAACGAGAAGCGCGAAAGGGGACGUUCGAAAACCGACAGCUACUCCCAAGAGAGUGAGUUACGUCAAAUUCAUCAGCUGUGCGCAGCGCUUUUUAUAUCGUUACUUUAAUCCAUCAUCGUUCCAUCAUACUAUGAUCGAGAUACAGGAUGGUAUCCUUGACAAAGGUACCGAGAUUGAUCAGCCGAAGGAGGAUCAGGAUCGAAUGAAACAGUUGCUCGAUAAAUUACAACAAUCGCAAACGAAACUGUACGAAUCAAAAAAUACCUGCGCCAGUCUCAAACAAGAGAUUAACAAGUUGCACAAGUUACUAUGUAGCGAAGUAGGCGAAAACGUGAGCUUGAAUAAUUUGUCGAAUCAACCUGGUGGAUGGCGAGGUAGGGCUGAACAGAUUCAUUUGUUGCAACAAAAAGUGAACGAACUGCAGUCGAGAUUAUCGGAAUACGAAGGAACGCAAAAGACGUCCGUCGAGCGAAAGACUCUUGAGAAUCUUCGAAGCAUUGAAAAAGAGAGGCGACGACAGAUCGAAGAUUCAGCGAAGCAACUCCGACAAACGGAAGUCGCCAUUGAAGGAUAUAAGAGGAAGUUGGAGGCUUCCAAGGCGAGGAUAAAAGUAUUAGAACAUGAAUUAAACGUCGUGAAAGGAAAUAUUGUAAUAUUGAAUGAGAAAAGGUCUCACGAUGAUCAUUUGAUCGAGACACUCAAUAAUCGGCUUAAAACUACCGAGAUAAAGCAUCAGGAACGUGAAGUUGAUAUAAGAAAUAGAGAAGAGAGGAUAGAGCGUGAAUGCACAAACUUAAAGAACGAUUUGCAGGCGGCACAAUUACAAAUUGAACGGUUACGUAGAAAAUUGGAGGAACGAGAGAUCGAGAUAGAUAAAUUAAGACGUAGAAAUCGAACAGUACCGAGCGUGGAGGAAAUUAAAUCUCGGAAGAUUGCACAAUCAGAAGUGUUCUUAAAUAAUUUCAACCACAAUAGUCCUCCGCAGAGCGUUCGAAGCACGUGCGAGCCAAACGAAUAUGUAACUCUGGCUCUGGCCGCUGAGGCUGAAAGGGAGAGACUGUUGGAAUUAAUAACAGUACUGAACAGGCGAUUGGAUAAAGAAAGAAACGACAAUGACAUUCUUUCUAAUUCCUUACGUAACGAAAAGAACAAGUCAGCGAAGUUGCUGUUGAAAAUUCGCAAGUUAGAGACGGAAAGAGUAGGAAUCGUAAAAAUUGAUUCUGGGUAUAGAAUGAAAUUACCAAAAUUAUCGAAGAACAACGAUGAAACAAUGGAUACAGAACAAAUGCGUUUCAAGAUGGAAUUACUGCAAGAGGAAUGCCUCGCACUGAAAGUUAGAUUGGACACAAUACAGCAGGAUAAAGCAGCCGAUCUUUCGAUGUAUAAGCAGAUGUUGGAUCAAGCUAGAAAAAUUUUUCAGGAAGCCUGCAGAAGCAAACCACUGCCUACCAUCGGCAGUCGUUCUGUGAUCACGGUGUAAUUAGAAAAUGAAACAUUUUCUAAAUGGUACUGUUUAUGAAAUACGACGUGUUCAAACAAAAUUUCUUAUAAUUGUACAAUAUGAAAUAAAGCAUCUUGGUCAUACUGAUGAAUCAUGGAUUAAUCAUUCAAGCUUGUUGUAAGUUCCUUCCGAUCGAAACUGAGUAAGAACUAUAAAAUUGUGUGCGCGGUGAUGUAACUGGGACACGAGAUAAGGUGCAACGCUCCACGUAAACGCGCGUGACAUCGGAGCAACGUUUCGUUUCUAUCUUUCAUUAUUCUUCCUCUUUUCUCUGCGCGAUGUAUGUACCUGUAUUUACUCAGAACCACUGAGUUUGCUCUUGCUAUUGAUAUCGCUCGUUGGGUUUACAUCCGUAGAUUCGUCCUAUUUUUCCAAGAUUUG